GGAACCGUCCAUUGACCCCAUUCUUUCUAUUUGCCGUGCAGUGACAGUCCUGACGAGAACUUGCUCCUGUGAUCCCUCUACGUGGUUUUGUGUCCGGAGAAGGGUACAAUGCAAAUACCCCGCUUAGAAUUCUGCCUCGUCGCCAUUGUGCUGGGCAGCGAUUGGACAUCAGGGAGGUGGGCGGGAAGGCUGCCUUAUGCAAUUCUCUCUCACACGUGGGAGGACGAAGAGGUCUCAUUUCAGGAAUUCGCCAACCUUGACAAGGCAAAGGAGAAGGCAGGCUAUGCAAAGAUCGACCAAACAUGUCGAAUUGCCAAAUCCCAGGGGCUGCAAUAUGCCUGGGUUGACACAUGCUGCAUCGACAAAACCAGCAGUGCUGAGCUGACCGAGGCCAUCAACUCCAUGUUCCAGUGGUACCGGCAAUCCGACGUUUGCUACGCCUACAUUGCGGACCUGCCUCCCUGCCAACAAACAGACACGGUCGCCGCCAAGCUGGAUUGGCUUUCUACUUCAGCCUCUAAGAGCUAUCGCUGGUUUACGCGCGGGUGGACCCUUCAAGAGUUGAUCGCUCCCCAAAGGCUCGAGUUUUAUGACAAAGACUGGGAGUAUCGUGGCGACAAGAAGGGCUUGCUCGCCGAGCUUGAGCAACAUACCGGCAUUGAUGCGCCCGUUCUCAAAAACAGUGGCCUUCUCUCAGGCUGGCCCGUCGCAAGGAAGAUGUCGUGGGCGUCUAGCCGGCAAACCACGAGAGUGGAGGACAUGGCGUAUUGUCUCCUGGGUAUUUUCAACGUCCACAUGCCCAUGAUAUACGGGGAAGGCAGUCGGGCAUUCAUCCGCUUGCAAGAAGAGAUUUCCAAGGAAACAAAUGACCUAUCACUGUUUGCUUGGACGGCAAAAAUGCCUCCCAUUAACAUGACUGAACUGACGGACAACCUCGCACAGCCCCCGGCAAAGGUAUCCAUGGAAACAAGUCCUCUAUCCUUAAUUGCCGUCAGUGCGACUGACUUUAGCGGCGUCCUGGCACCGUCUCCAAGAGAGUUUUCCGAGUGCCGUGAUAUCAUGAGAGUCAGAAACCCCUCGAAUCCCAGCCUGGAAUUCACCCUGACAAACAACGGGGUGAAAAUGAAACCAAACAUUGGGCGGACCGAGUCCGGGGAAUACGUUUUGAGCUUAGAAUGUGCUGGUACAUGUGCGGUUUCCGAGGAUGAAAGCGAACCUGUAGGGCUUGGCAUCUACCUGUGCAAGACAGCCUCCGGCUUCGCCAGGAUACGUCCGUGGAUGUUGUUUCUUACCGACGACGACCGCAUCUGGGCCGGAAAAAGAAGAAGAGUCUAUAUCCACAAGACCCUAGACGCCGAGCAGCAGCAACGCAUCGCACUUGAGGUCGAAGGCUACAUGUUCAUCCAAUAUAAUGCCGCUAAGCCCUACGCCAUAGAGGAAAUAGUCUCGUCACCAAGAGCGCUCUGGGACCCGGAACUGAGCCGCUUCCUUACCAUGCAGGCGGUGUCCUCUGUUGGCACGGAGCAACCUGACAUAUACGCUCACUUUACUGGAUUCCAGAUGUUCGACGUCAGCCACCGCGGGAAGCAUCUCUGCCGCUGCCUCCUGGUCUGUGGGAUUUUCGAGGAUUCCUGGUCCCGUCUCCGACCCCUUGCAGCCUUAUACGAAGAAAGCGAUCCCAGCGCCAAGACCCUUUUUGAGGAUAUCCGUGCCAGUCGAGGCGCCGAAGGCGACACGGCACUCCUUAACCGGAUCCGAAAUUUCGUUAUAUCGCGGAGAGAAUCUUUCGACACUAGCGAGGUUCUUGAGUCGCAGCACGUCCUUGACAGAGUCGUGGAAACACGUCGGGCUUUCAUCCUUCUGAACCUCUCCCACUUGCCGGAUUCCGAGGACAGCAAGGUUGAGGUCCAGGCCGCUAAAUGCAAGGUUGUGGUUGACAUUCUUCCAAAGAGCCGACCACUCUUGGCCAGUAAUUCGUAAAACUGUGGAAAAUGAUUUACUAGGUAGUAUUAGCUCCCUAGCUCCCUAGCUCACCCGCGAGCAAUUACCUUAACAGUGAACUUUGAAACCGUCUCUUUGCUUCACCACGCCUCUACUCCCGUGCUCCCGAGUAGAGUAUAUUGUCUAGGGCACACAUACUGAAGUCGUCGACACACGCAUGUCUUCCACAGGGGUAUGACACAAGCAACUU